GAACGAGUGUUUGUCAAUCAGCGUAACUCACCUAUUCACCAGGAGGUCUGUUACUGGGGUUUCGCAGUGUUUUAGCGUAAAUACGGAAGCUGUUACCUUGGUUACGACUAAAAAAACAAGUAUCUCACGAGAAUAAGCAUUCAUACAGACGUGAAGAUUCUAUCGCCACGGUGUUUUGAGUUCUAGUGUGACCGCCCGGACAACGGAUCUUCGAGCUACACUAUUUUAAAGUAGAUAUUUGUAAUAUUUAUUAUUGUAAGGUUCUAGGCACACAGCAGACAGAACGAUGGCCGCACCUUACGGGCAACCUCCGCCACCCCAAGCUGUUACUACUGUUACUGUCGUGCAGACGGAAAAGAAACCUAAUGCGUGCAGAGCAGCUAUUCCUGCCAUGCACAUUGCAAUGGCAGUUGUUUGUUUAAUAUUCAACAUAUUUAUUCCCGGGCUUGGUACGAUAAUUGCUGCGUUUGCCGUAUUCUGCUGUGCAAACACUGGCCAAUCGGGUGGAGGGAAAGUCGGCACGUUUUGCCUCAACUUCUGGGUAGGACUUCUGCAGCUUGCCACAUGUUGGAUUUUUUUCAUUGGCUGGAUUUGGAGUAUAAUGUGGGGCGCCGCGUUUAUUGGGAUGUCAGCUGAUUACCAUUCCAGCGGUGAUGCAACCACAACCGUGGUCACAACAACAUCAGCCGUGCCUCAGCAGCAACAAAUGAUGGUCGUCACACAGCCUCAACCACCACCAUACAACCAGCAACCACCGCCGCCGACAGGGCAACCAAUGCCACCUCAGGCGAUGCCGGGUCAACCUGAUUAUCCUGCAAAAGCAUAAAACACCGUUUUUUGCUUUUUCUGACACCGUUUUUAGCUUUUUCUGGCAAAUAGUUUAUUUUUCCAUUUUUGGUUGCGAUUCCUUCUAUUUUAACCAAACUUGAUUCACAUUUUGAUAUUGAGACCAGAUAAUACAAAUAAAGCAUAGGGCCAUAUUAGUUGUUCCCUUCUUUGUUUUUUUGUUUUAUUUUGUUUCUUUUUUAAUUUCACAAAAACAAACAAUCCUGUACAAAUUUGAACAUAGGCCUAUUAACAAUCCAUGGUUGUCCGUCUAUCUAGAUCCCUGGUUCUCAACUGAAUUUUUUGAAGGGCCAAAUUAUUUUUUGAGUUGAUCUCAUGGGCCAAAGAAUCUCAGCCGAGUUGAAGGCAAUCGUACUUCUGGGAGAAAAUCUUUCACCUAAGACAGGUCUAUUUGAAAGUUAGUUUCUUUUUAGGGGCCUGUUUUUAAAUUGUACUAAGCCUACACCAGCGAUCAUGACUCAUUGGGUCGCGUGAAAUUUCUGUGUGGACUUGUCAUCAGAUUAACAGUCGUCAGUCAAAAUACAAAAAAAAAGCCGCAUUUACACAGUUCACAUGUAGGACUAGAAAAAUGUAUUCUUAUGAACACUGUCUUUUUAUACGACAACUUUUUAUUACUCCUGUGAACUAAGAAUGCUAUUAACGAAACCCAGUGAACAGAACACAUUCAGAGACGGAACUUGACGGCACAAAUACUGAAUGACUUGAAAAGAAGGGUAGGCAUAAUUGACGGAACACAAUGUUUAAUAACUAAACACAAACAGAACUUGGCAGCAUAUUGCUGUACUUUGACGAUCGAAGCACUCUUUGGUUCACUAGCUGUUUAUUGUGUGAUAUUAAGUAGGCUUGCUGUAUGAAUGUUAUUGACGAUAAAACCUAAUUGACGUAUUACAAAGUAACCUAUAUUUAGUUGUGUUUACCUCUAUGAUUCUUCUACCAUGUCAUAAAUCAGGCAUCAGGACUCUGCAAUCCUUAAAAAGUUAACAUGUCUAUGAUAAACUUUUUACUUCCUCUGGGCUGCUAUGUUAAAUUAGCAUCUGAGCUAAUAAUACCAAUCUUAGGAGUAGUUUUAGGUUUACAGGGUUUGAUUUUAUAUCUGAGUGGGGUAACCCCUACAUCAUAACGCGCCUUUGGCUUGUUCGAAGCACACAGAGAGGAAUAAGACCACGGAUUUUGGUGCUAUUUAUGGCCUAUCAUCUUGCUCAUCAAACCACUCCAUCGAAAUUUUAUUAUAUUUCAAAUAUUUUUUAUUAUUAUAUUGUUUUUCCUCACAGGCUAAAUUGCCCCGUGGGCCGCCUAUUAAGAACCAGGGAUCUAGAUCAAGAUCUUGUUUACACGACUACGUGUCAUGAUGACGUAUCUGUCGUGAAAAAGGAAACAUGCGUUGGGGGAAUCCAUUCUCUUUCCUAAAUAAUAAUAAUAAUAA